AUGGAGGGGCAGCCGCAUCCAUACGCACCAACAGAUCUUAAACUGCUUGGCUAUGUUCCUAAUUUCCUCACUCAAUCAACCAUUGUCAGUGUCUAUUUACUCGCCUCCCUUCUCGUCGUUUCUCUCAUCUGGAUCGUCUCUGGGAAAGAAUAUAGCAAAGGUGAUUCAAGAUAUGCGGCAAGGGAUGCUGCAACAGUUACUGUUGAAGGAUUGACUGCUGUUUUUGAGGGUCCAGCUAGCCUCCUGGCAGUGUAUGCUAUUGCUUCAGGAAAAUCAUACAGCUACAUACUUCAGUUUGCUGUUUGUUUGGGACAGCUCUAUGGAACAGCUGUGUAUUUCCUGACUGCCUUCUUGGAAGGCGAUCAUUUUGCUGCAAGUCGAUAUUACUAUUAUGUGUACUAUAUUGGUGCAAAUUUCUCAUGGGUUGUAAUACCCUCACUCAUUGCUAUGCGUUGCUGGAAGAAGAUUUGCUCAGCAGUCCAAGCUCAAGGCCAGAAAAAGACCAAAAGUCGCUGA